CCGUCCAUCUGCCUGCGGGGGCGGGGCCUCCCCCCGCCGGUCCCGUCCCCGCAGCGGAGCCCCCGAGCCCGGUACCGGACCUUCACCCCAGACCGGAGGUCCCGGAGCUCUCGGUACCAGAGCCCUCUUGCCCGUUACCGGGUUCCUCUCUCGUACCGGUACCGUGAGCGAUCCCGAGCCCCAUUCCCGCACCGGGCCCAGCCGCCACCCCCCAUCCCCGGUACCGGCUCGGGACUCAGGCAGGAAGGGCCACCCCGAUGCCGGCUGAGGGGCCGGGGGUGACCACCGAGCUCCCCUCCCCUGGGGCUCCCCCAAAGAAGAUGGGGGGCGGGCGGGGGGCACGGGACACCCCAGCCAGCGACUCCGAGAAGGAUUCCGGCUUCUCAGACGCCAGCUCGGAACACCGGGACAGGCGGGAGCGGACGGACGCGGAGGAACUGCCCGACGCCCAGCCGGCCCCACCGCAGCACCCGCUCGGCGCCCCGGCGGCACCCGGCUACCACCCUUUCGCCCGCCUGGCACCCGUCUACCUCGUCCACAACGUUCUCCUCCAGCAGCCCCUGGGAGCCCCCCCAGAGCCCUGGCAACCGGCUCGGCUUCUUCUCCUCCAGCCUCCGCCACCCUCCGCCUCUCACCAGGAUACAGCCGUCGCCCGCCACGACGCCACCGCGACGGUUGCUCCGGUAGGGAAUCCGGGGUACCGAAGCCGGCGGUUGGGGGUAACGGCGGAGCUGCUGCGGCGGGGGGGGCUGCUGGCGGCGGCUCUGCGCACCGGGGCCCUUCUCCGGCAAAACCGACGCACCCAGCGGGAGAUCGUCGCCCUACGUCGGCACACCCGGCUGCUGGCCCGCGCCGCCUGCGAUCCCCGCGUCUGGCCUCGCCUGCGCGACGCCCUGGGAGGGGGUGGCCCCCCGGUGCCCCCCGCACCCCGUCAGGACCCCCCCGCUUUUGGGGAGGGGGUGGGGGCAGGGGGGUUGUAG